GCUGAGGCCUGGAAUGUACAGAUGCCUGGCUAAGGUUCUCGACACCAUUCUCUGUUUGUGCGAGUGGCCGGCGCCCGGGACCCGCGCCCGGCUCAAGAGGCGGCGCUCGAGCAGCACUCUGUUUUCUACUACAGUGGACACUGAUGAAAUCCCAGCUAAAAGACCAAGAUUAGAUUGCUUCAUUCACCAAGUGAAGAACAGUCUCUACAAUGCUGCCAGUUUAUUCGGAUUUCCAUUUCAGCUGACCACAAAACCCAUGGUGUCUUCUGCUUGUAAUGGAACACGAAGUGUGGCCCCUCCAAGAGAGGUAUUUGCGAGCUCCUCAUCUUGUGAACUGACAGGUUCUGGGUCCUGCAACAGCAUGCUGAAACUGGGUAAUAAGUCUCCUAGUGGAAUAAGUGACUAUCCAAAGAUCAGAGUGACAGUGACCCGAGAUCAGCCACAUAGAGUCCUGCCUUCCUCUGGUUUUAUGAAAUCGGAAGGCUAUAAUAGAAGACCAAGUGGCCGUCGCCAUAGCAAAAGCAAUUCAGAGAGUUCCUUAGCAUGGAAACCUCAGGAACAGGGUGUAACAGAGAUGAUUUCUGAAGAGGGAGGCAAGGGUGUGAGGCGUCCCCAUUGCACUGUGGAGGAGGGUGUCCAGAGGGAUGAAAGAGAAAAGUAUAGAAAGUUAUUGGAGCGACUUAAAGAAAGUGGGAACGGAAACACCCUCCCUCCAGUAGCUUCACAUCACAGUUCUCAAAGAAGUCAAGUGGACACGUUAAAGACCAAAGGCUGGGUGGAGGAGCAGAAUCAUGGAGUCAGGACAACCCAUUUUGUUCCAAAACAGUAUAGAGUUGUUGAAACAAGGGGACCUCUCUGUUCGAUGAGAAGUGAAAAGAGGUAUUCAAAGGGAAAAGCUGACACAGAGAAGGUGGUGGGACUCCAACUUGAAAAGGCAGGUACAAGAGGACAGCACCUGGGGCCUGAUCUGUCAGAAGAAGUGUCUGCCCGGCUUCGCCUGGGAAGUGGAAGCAAUGGCCUACUCAGGAGGACAGGGCCAGUGCUGGAGGCAAAGGAAAAGAACUUCACCAGCAAAGAAAAGGACAGAAGGACAGAGGAGCUCUUUGAACUUACAGAGGACAUGGAAAAGGAUAUCAGCAAUGCCGUGGGCCAUGGGCCACCCGACGAGAUCCUGAGCAGUGCUUUCAAACUGCAAAUUACUCGGGGAGAUAUCCAGACCUUAAAGAACUAUCACUGGCUCAACGAUGAGGUCAUUAAUUUUUAUAUGAAUCUGUUAGCGGAAAGGAGUAGAAAGCAAGGCUAUCCAGCACUUCACGCAUUCAGUACCUUCUUCUACCCUAAACUAAAGGCCGGGGGUUACCACGCAGUGAAACGGUGGACCAAAGGGGUGAACCUCUUCGAACAAGAACUCGUUCUGGUGCAUUGGAGCCUGGUGGUGAUGGACCUAAGAAAAAAGUGUCUUAAAUAUCUGGAUUCUAUGGGACAAAAAGGCCACAGGAUCUGUGAGGUUCUUCUUGAGUAUUUACAGGAUGAAAGUAAGACCAAAAGAAAUACAGAUCUCAGUCUCUUAGAGUGGACCCACUGCAGCGUGAAGCCACACGAGAUUCCUCAGCAGUUGAAUGGGAGUGAUUGCGGAAUGUUUACUUGUAAAUGUGCAGAUUAUAUUUCUAGGGACAAACCUAUCAUUACUCAGCACCAGAUGCCUCUCUUCCGGAAGAAGAUGGUGUGGGAAAUCCUUCAUCAGCAGUUGCUGGGCCUCUAG